UCGCACGCCACGCUGCCCCCUCUGGCUUACCGCCUCUCCUCCGCCUCCGCCUCCCUACGCCACCUCAUGGCCGCCGCCACCGCAGCCGCCGUCUCCUCCCCGGCGGUCACCGCCCCCUUGCCUCGCGCCGCCUCGUCAGCGGCGCGCCGGGGCUUCGUCUCCUUCGGCGGGGCCGCCGCCCGUCCGUCCGCGCUCCGAUCCGACUGCCUCCGGGCAGCCGCCACCGGCUUCUCCUCCGGUGUGCGCACCCACGUUGCUGCUGUUGAACAAGCAGUUGUGCAAGAUGCUACAGAGCUGGAAGCUCCAGUUGUUGUUGUUACGGGUGCUUCCAGAGGGAUUGGAAAAGCCGUUGCAUUGGCUCUUGGAAAAGCUGGUUGCAAGGUCCUAGUGAAUUAUGCACGAUCCUCGAAAGAGGCUGAAGCAGUCUCCGAAGAGAUUGAAGCAUCUGGUGGUCAGGCUAUUACCUUUGGAGGAGAUGUUUCUAAAGAAGCUGAUGUAGAAUCUAUGAUGAAAGCAGCUCUUGAUAAAUGGGGAACAAUUGACAUCCUGGUAAAUAAUGCAGGGAUUACGAGGGAUACAUUGUUGAUGAGGAUGAAGAAAUCUCAGUGGCAAGAUGUAAUUGAUCUAAAUCUUACUGGUGUUUUCCUCUGUACACAGGCUGCCACAAAAGUAAUGAUGAAGAAGAAAAAGGGAAGAGUCAUCAACAUAGCAUCAGUUGUUGGUCUUACUGGCAAUGCUGGCCAAGCUAAUUACAGUGCUGCCAAGGCUGGAGUCAUUGGUUUCACUAAAACAGUUGCUAGGGAAUAUGCAAGCAGGAAUAUCAAUGUGAAUGCAAUCGCACCUGGAUUCAUAGCAUCAGACAUGACCGCGGAACUUGGAGAGGAGCUUGAGAAGAGAAUCUUGUCAACUAUUCCCUUGGGGAGGUAUGGCCAGCCAGAGGAAGUUGCUGGGUUGGUUGAGUUCUUGGCCCUGAAUCCCGCGGCCAGCUACAUCACUGGACAGGUGCUUACCAUCGAUGGUGGGAUGGUAAUGUGAAACCUUUGAGCAAGUUUGAUGGAAGGUUGACAUUUGCCCUGUGUAGCGGACGUUUUAGUAAUUUGCAUCGAACAAUUUUGAGCUGUAGAUUUAGGUUUCCUUUUUCAAACUUUGUAAUCCCAUGCAGAAUAAAUCAGGUGUGACCAUAUGGGGAAGUUCAGAUGUGUUAUGUCUUCA